AUGACACUCUGGGUGACAUCGCUGACCGGGCGAGCCAACCGCGGAUCGGCACGCGAUGAUAUCAUAUACAUUAAUGACCCCUAUUUGAAAGCGUUGCUGGACUCUUCGCAAGGUGAACUUUCUCUGUGUCCGGUACCGAACGUAUCAGAGAGGUUUCCCACUUUUAUUUCAUAUCAUGCCGUUGAGAAAGAAACGCUGACAGUGACUCGUUGGUGUAUUGAGAAAAAAGUCAUAAAUGUGGUGCCACUUGAACGAAUUAUUUUCUCCCCUUCAGCUGCUGCUCCUGUGCUUGUCGGCGAACACCCUUCGAAACUCUUAUUGCUUCCCGCCUCAAGAACAUUAUCACCAAGAACCCCCCUCUCGUAUCUGCUUGCCCCUCCAUAUAGUCUCUCCCACCUCGACUCCUUCCUCGUUUCUUCUUCUCUCUCUUGUGAAGCUAUCUGUUAUCGCAGCGCCGCCCUACCCCUCCAUUUCCGACCUCUUCAACAUAAAAGAGCUCCUUCGAUACCCAUAUUCCGCAUAACAUACCUCGAAUCAGCAAAUCGCAUAUUCGAUUCGAAAUUUACAAAUCACAAAUCCAAAAGACGCUGCGCUGCUACUUUUAGGACGCGAUCACCUUACGAUAAGCUCAUAAGCAUAUCUCUCCUCGCCAUAGCUUCCGGUUCCUUGCACAUAAUUGGCAUUGUCUUUACGGUUGCGCGCCGACAACUCCAAUACACGACUGGGUGUUACUCUGCGCACAUCUCGAAUUUUUCGACCCAGCACAGAGAUCAAUACCCAAAUACCCUUGGGUGA